GUGCCGUGUUAGCACUGACUAGGCUGAGGAGGAAGUUCCAGCCUUGGAAGAAGUCACACAGGACCCACAAGGAGAUUUUACAAGGUCUUUCAGGAGGAGGUUGUUGUUGCUGUGACGUCCCCCCCCCCCCCCCCGGGGGUAUCUGCCAGACGCCGUGGGGGCUCUGAGAGGUGUUGUUGGUGCUGAAAGGGGGCAGAGACAUGCUUGUGAAAGAGGACUGACACACUCUUUGUAACCACACUCAGUGUAUGAGUGAAAGAGCUCCAACCAGACAAACCAGAUUCCUCCUGAUGGAUUUCAGAGGGAAAUUCUACCCUGAAGCCCCAGAGACUGCUGAGGAAUAGAUGUCACUCACAAAACACUCUCACACACACGUCAGUGGGAGAGGAGAGGUGCUUGAAGGAGCAUGGAAGCACUGAGAGAGUCUUUUCUGCAUUUGACUUUUCAGAUGUCAUCGUAUAAACGAGCCACGCUGGAUGAGGAAGACCUGGUGGACUCCACCGGUGACGACAUCUACCCAUCUUCACCCUUGCAGGUAACUCUGCUGCACGGCCGUGGUCACACAUGUUGUCCACAGAGGACACAAAGAGAGAAGAGGGUGCUGCUUUUAGUGUGUGUCGUGUCUGUGGGCCUGUUUAUAUCUCUCAUCACGACUGGGGUCUUCUACAAACAGACUCACCCUGGCUUGUGCUUAACGGAGCCAUGCAUUACUGUGGCCAGUGCAGUAAUAGGAGCCCUGGACCGAUCCAUUGACCCCUGCCAUGAUUUCUACAACUUUGCCUGUGGUGGCUGGGUGAAGAAUAACCCCCUCCCUGAGGGCAAGUCCCGCUGGGGACCUUUCAGCAACCUCUGGGAGCACAACAUGCUUGUAAUGAAGCAUUUAUUAGAAAACAAGACGAUGAAAGGUCUGAGUAAAGCCGAGGAAAAGGCCCAGGGUUAUUAUCAGGCCUGCAUGAACGAGGCCAAGAUAGAGGAAUUAGGAGCUAAGCCAUUACAGGAGCUAAUCACCCAGAUAGGAGGGUGGGCCCUGACUGGACCCUGGGACAAGGACAACUUCCAAGAAGUUUUGCAAACAGUAUCAGCCAACUACCGCACUUCACCUUUCUUCACCGUGUUUGUCAGCACAGACUCCAAAAACUCCAACAGUAACAUCAUCCAGGUGGAUCAAUCCAGCCUGGGACUGCCUUCACGGGAUUACUACCUCAACAAAACAGCAAACGAAAAGUAUCUGACGGCAUACCUCAACUUCCUGGUGGAGUUAGGAGUUCUUCUGGGUGGCUCCAAGGAAACGUCUCGGUCGCUAAUGGAAGAGAUCGUGGACUUUGAAACCACUCUGGCCAACAUCACGGUCCCUCAGGAGGAGAGAAGGGAUGAAGAGCUCAUCUACCAUAAGAUGGAGGCCAAGGACCUGACAACUCUGGCUCCUGCAGUGGACUGGAUGCCGUACCUCACAGAAGUGUUUGCUCCUGUGCCGAUCAACGAGUCAGAGCCAGUGGUUGUUUAUGCCAAGGAAUAUCUACAGAAAGUUUCUGACCUCAUAACUAAAACAAAUAAAAGCCUACUCAACAAUUACAUGAUAAUGAAGGUGGUGAGGAAGAUGGUUUCUAUUUUGGACCAGAGGUUCCAGGAUGCUGAGCAGCGCUUCCUUGAGGUCAUGUAUGGAACCAAAAAGAGCUGCACUCCACGCUGGAAGCUGUGUGUCAGCGACACUGACAGCGCCCUGGGCUUUGCUCUUGGAGCCAUGUUUGUCAAAGCCACCGUUGCUGGGGACAGCAAGGCCAUUGCCGAAAAUAUGGUUGCAGAAAUAAAAUGGGCGUUUGAGGACAGCCUGAAGUAUGUGAGAUGGAUGGACGCAGAAACAAAGAAAGCAGCGAAAGAAAAGGCAGAUGCAAUAUACAACAUGGUCGGAUAUCCAGAGUUCAUCAUGAACGCCACAAAGCUGGACAAAGUGUUCAAUGAUUUCGAGGUGGUAUCAGAGCUCUACUUCCAAAAUGUCAUGCAGUACUACAACUUCUCAGCCAGAGUGACUGCAGACCAGCUGCGGAAAACUCCCAACAGAAACCAGUGGAGCAUGACCCCACCGACGGUGAAUGCAUAUUACAACCCGACCAAGAAUGAGAUGGUUCUGCCUGCAGGAAUCCUUCAGGCUCCGUUCUAUAGUCGAUCCUGGCCGAAAGCUCUGAACUUCGGUGGAAUAGGUGUAGUCAUGGGACAUGAGCUGACACACGCUUUUGAUGACCAAGGGAGGGAAUAUGACAAGGAUGGAAACCUGCGUCCCUGGUGGAAGAACUCUUCUGUGGAGGCUUUCAAGAAGCAGACUCAGUGCAUGGUGGAGCAGUACGGAAAUUACAGUAUCAACCAGGAGCCUCUGAAUGGAAAACACACUCUGGGGGAGAACAUUGCUGACAAUGGUGGACUCAAAGCUGCCUACAAGGCUUACAUGAACUGGAUCAAAAAGAACGGUGAGGAGGCCACACUGCCUGCCCUGGGAAUGACGAACCAUCAGCUGUUUUUUGUAGGAUUUGCCCAGAUAUGGUGCUCUGUCAGGACACCUGAGAGCUUGCACGAAGGCCUAAUCACAGAUCCUCACAGUCCGUCACGAUAUAGAGUCAUCGGCACCAUCUCCAACUCACAGGAAUUCUCAAAGCACUUUGGCUGCAAAGCUGAUGCUCCCAUGAACCCUAAACAUAAGUGUGAGCUUUGGUAACGCCUCAUUUCUUGGUGCUGUUUAUCAGCAAGGAGCAAAAUGGACGUUGGAGAAACAGCUAGAGAUACUGGCAAUGUCUCUCUGGACUAGGAAAUCACUGAAACUCCUAACGCCUUACCACUUAAUGCUAACCAGGCUCCUGAUCAGGACAAAAUGUGCCUGCUCUGUAUGGAGGAUUGUAAUCUUCAGUGCUUUUCCACAAAGACUGUUGGUUUAGCAAACAGCUUUUCCCAAACUCUGAAGUUAGAUGUAGUUAUAAAUGCGCUUUUAGAACACUGGAAACCCAAUCGAUGGUUAUAAAAAUUGGGGGAACCACUCUCAAACGCCUUGUUUGUCACAUAAAGUGAUGAAUAAGCCAAGUGACGUUUGUUCUUCUUGUAACUCUUCACUGUGCUUGGAUCUGCUCCAGUUUAUUUUUACUGUAUUUUAUUUAUGGUCACAAAUUUUUAUAUGACGGAAGACGCAAGAUUUUUAACCUAAUGGAAGAUGAAAAUCUGGUUCACAUAUGGACAACAACAGUUUGUCUUUUAGCCAUUGCAAUAUUUCAUUUUGUGUACAAUCUGGUCAGAGUUACAUUUUAUAGAGGUCAUAUUUGUGUUUAAAAACAAAGUAAUUUUUGUACCUGGUGUCAACAUAGCAGUAUCCUGUAUUUCUAUAAUGUAAGACCAAUACAAAUCAGAAACAAAAUGAAAGUCUUCAGAAAUUCACAGCAACAAAUUAAAGCAUGAGCUGUUUUUCUCCCAGAGAACUUGGCCAUGUAGGCUAAGCCAUAAUGUGCCAUACCUGUUUUUAUGAAUAAGAGUUCAUCACAUUAUUUUGUAUAAUAAAAUCAAUCUUAAAACAU